AGAGGUGUCGGGGUGCAGAACAUACGUGUGAGGUGUAAAUGCGCUGGCACCCAGUCAUCACCUCAGGGGUGUGAGAAGAAUGUGGCAGUGGAUAAACACAAAGAGCGAGACAGGCACAAACCAAAACACAAGAAGACCUCUAUGGACAUGUCUCCCUCCCUCGUCCUUCCAAACAUUAUGGUCCCAGACAAGACCUACAACAGCAGCAGCUCAGGGGGCGGCGUCACCUCUCUGCCUGCACCCUCGCAGAAACGACUGGACGAUGGCACUGCACGUUUCACUAAUGCUAACUUUCAGGAAGUGUCUUCUGCUCAUUCCGGCGGCAUUUUGAAAGAUGGCUUGGUUGCAGACACAGGAAAAGGGACGUCUGAGGUGAAGAAUAAGAAGAACAGUGGUGGAAGUCAUGUGGUGGGACAGAGGGGCGGCCGAAAGUCUCUCACCUCCUCAGGGAAACCCCUCCCCUCUGCCGUGGUCACCAUGGCAACCUCAUCUACAUCUGCCUCUGCUUCCACUGGGCCUUUCCACCAAGGCCUCCUGUUGACCAGUGCCAGCAAGAUGCCCUCUGCUCCUUCCUCCUCAGACUUCCUAAGUUUCUCUGAUUCAUCGUUGCGUCCUGGGGCUGGAACUACCUUCUCCUCCCCGCCGUCUUUCAGCAGCUGCCUUGUGAAGCCGAGUUCGGAGGGUGGAGUAUCAGAGGGCACUACAACACUCUUUGGUUCUCUUAUGUCCGCUACUACAGCUUCUGCAGUGGGCGGGAAACUGUAUGAGAAUUCCCACAGUCACACAGCUAGCGAGACGACAAGCCUCGGUGGGUCUGCUGGAUACAAACGGCCCCAGCCCUCCAGCUCAGGGCCAGGCAUCGGCGGAGCAGUGGCAGGAGGAGGGGAAGAUGGGGUGAAGAAGAAAAAGAAGGGCAACUGGAGAAACAGAUUUGGACCUUGCUUCACGACGGAUGUGAAGCCUUCAGAGCCAGCUCCCUCCCUGACUCUCCCUACCUCCUCCACAGCCAACACCUCCUCCUCCACUGCCUCCCCCUCCUGUUCAUCCUCAACGCUCUCAGGCCGACCGGGCAUAGUUUCCAGCAGUGGAUUAGGAGUGGGAGUCGGAGGAGGGGGAGAGAGGGGGCUGGGGGUCAUGGGUGUCACUGGUGGGAUUCAGAGGUCCCCGUCACUCCUCAGGAAUGGGAGUCUACAAAGCAACAGCGGCUCCACAACCACUGGGCCAGGUGAGGAAGACACAGAAACGUUAUACACACUAAACACAAAAGUUUCUCACAAAAAUAAUUGAGAGUUUUUAAGAGUUGAGGUCUCACAGGUCUCACGAUGAGAAAUAUUUUCUCAGAUGCCCCUGUCUGUCAGUGUCACCUG